UCUACAUCAGAAUGUCAGAAUUACGGAAGUCUUAACAACGCUGACAGAAAGAUUACGUACACUACUAACCACAGUUAUUGUGACUAUGGAAUCGGACCUGGUUGGUUUCGUUUUGAGGGUUCCGCCGGUACAAGAAUGCCAACUUCAUGUCCACCUAAAUACAGAUGUGGCACACGUGCACCCGGCUGGAUGAAUGGUGGACACCCUACAGUAGCAGACGGUCAGGUCAGCAGGACGGUGUGUUUCCACUGGACAUCAGGCUGCUGUGAUUGGUCAACAAACAUCAAAGUGAGAAAUUGUGGUUCAUAUUAUGUGUACUAUCUUAGUGGUACACCUAAUAGUUUUUGCAGUCUCCGUUAUUGUGGCACUAACUAA